AUGGUUAUCCAGAUCACUCCUCCAGCCACGGUGAGGGAGCGGAUGGCUCUUGUUCGGGCGGUGCUGGCUCUGCGACAGGAGGGGAGAGAGACAGGGUGUUUUGCCCAGUUUUUUUUGACAUUUUCAAGAGGGCUGCGGUAUAAUGAUGAGGCGCUGAAAGAAAUAUUUAAUGGUUGCCUGGAUGACCCGUUGCCUCUGUGGGAGUUGAAGGGACUGGAGGACCUGGAUUUUUGGGGGUUCGUCCACUAUCUCGAACAUCGGAGUGGGUGGGCCACACUGGGUCAGCCGGACCCCGUUCCAACCAGUGAGUUCGAUCUAGAUCCCGCUCCAGCUCGUGAGUCCGUUCCAGAGGCCACAAAGGAGGUGAGCACUGAAUCUCUGCCUCACCCAGGUAAAAAGAGGAGGAGGAGGAGGAGGAAGGCUUCCUUCAUCCUUCAAGGCCCGGAGGCCUCUCCAGAGCCCGCUCCAGUCAAAUCAUCACUACACAAUGUGUUCUCAUGGUAUUUAUUGAAGUCUGAUUUAGUGGACCUUCUUGUAUUUCAGCUCUUCAGGGUGGAGAUUCUCUUCAAUGGAAGGAAACACUUUGUUUUACGGCGGUACAGUGAAUUUCAGACGCUUCACAGGAAGCUGAAGAAGAUCCUGCGCGCUCCAGAUUUCCCUAGUAAGAGAAACCAGCACCUGCGAACCAAACCACUGGAGCAAAGACAACAGGAACUGGAGGACUACAUGCAGGUGAUUCUGUAUCAGAAUGAUGUUGUUCCUCAAGAGCUCCUGGACUUCCUGCAGGUCAAACAUUUUCAUUCAGCGAGCAAGAACUGCAGCUCUGAUGAAAACCAGUCAGACGACUGUCAAGAGCAAGGAUACAGAUUUCAGUCAUUCCAUCAGCGAGUAGUUGGUUUCUCGACUGACCCUUACCACCAUGAAUCCAGAUCAGAUCUCCCUGAUAUCGUCACGGCCGGUGUCCUGCAGGGUUUCUACCCUAGAGACGUCAAAGUGAGCUUCAAAAAGAGCAGUGGUAAACCCAGCGGUCUCGCCUGUGCACCAGAGCUGCCCGUGCAUCCCAGAAUCCCCACUAUUACCAUAAACAGAAGUGACAUCAGCUCAGAGUCAGAGAGAAUAUAAGUGCAAUCGCUGCAGUGUUGCCUAGCAACUCCAUCUGCUUUAAACGUGCCUUUGCAUGUUAAUUUCGACUGAAUCUUUCAUCUUUAAGAUAGUAUGUAAAUUGUACAAAACUGUCAAGGUCAUUUUCCAACCUUA